CCGCCAUUUUGAGAUUUACUUCAGACUGAGCACAUCUCAAGCCGUUAACCGGAGGAGCUACACGGCUCGGGCUUAACGUUUUGUGCGCGACCGGGGCCCACCUUCAGCUUCUUCGUGAGAGAGAGAGAGAGAGAAAAAAACAAACAAGAGAUUAGCCAGGAAAUGCAACACGGUGCAACACACUGUCGUUUGUCGUGUUAGUGGGGAAAUUGUUUUUUUUUGUUGCGUUUGGUUCCGUGGGCGACUCUUUAUCUCCGCGAACUUCCCAAAAGCAACGUUAGCUUCUGUUCCGUAUUGGAAACAGGCUUUGAAUGGAUAGCUUUUUCCUCCGCUCUCCCCCAGACGAGGGACAAUCGGAGGAGCACACGGACUGGGGAUAUCGUAGGCAAAGUUGUUGAACGUGUGUCAAUAUCAAAUGAGCCUUUUGUUUUCAUUGUUGUUGUUCCUAUACGGACCAGUUGGCUGCCCAGUGUCAGGUAGCUGAACGCGCUAACGUUAGCUAUAAACACGGUGUGGGGUUUUUUUUUUUUUUUGUUCCUGAAGGUGCACCGUGCUGCGCGUUGUCUUAUUUCCACCGUUACCCUCACAUUUCCCGGGGUUGAUUCAGUAAAUUUCAGCGCCCCCCCCUUCCCUUUAGUCCAUACACCCCCCCCCCUUCACACACACACACACACACACACACACACAGACACACACACCCCGCAGUCAAGACAGCGACUCGCACCCACUAACGGCGCCGAGAUUGGGCGAAUAGCGAGUAAAUACGUCCGCGUUUCUCUACCCGCUCCCCCGCCGACCUCCCCUCCUCAAUCCCCGGCGCUGACAGCGGACAAGGCCGAGGUCGCCGCCGCCGCAGCAGCAGCAGCAGAGCAGGCCCGGCCGCCGAGGCUCGACCUGUCCACCCCGCCUCAGCAUCCUACUACUACACCUCAGCAGCAGUCCGGAAUCCGGGUCCCAACCGAAGCGACCCUGGACAAGGUCGAGGGAAACCCCGAUAGCAAGGAGCCCCGCAUCACCACCACCACCACCACCUCCACCAUCACCACCACAACAACUACUGCGAACAUGAACCACCACCAUCACCACACGCAGCAGCAACAGCAGCAGCAGCAGAAAGCCGGUGAGCAGCAGCUCAGUGAACCAGAGGACAUGGAGAUGGAAGCUGGGGACACAGACGACCCUCCAAGAAUCCCAGCCAACCCAGUGAUCAAUGGUAACGUGGCUAUGGCAGACGGACACAACAACACAGAAGAGGACAUGGAGGAUGACACCAGUUGGCGUUCAGAGGCCACAUUCCGUUUUGUGGUGGAGCGCUUCAGCCGCCUGAGUGAGUCGGUGCUCAGCCCGUCCUGCUUUGUCCGAAACCUCCCAUGGAAGAUCAUGGUGAUGCCGCGCUUCUAUCCGGACCGGCCACACCAGAAGAGCGUGGGCUUCUUCCUGCAGUGUAACGCAGAGUCCGAUUCAACGUCAUGGUCAUGCCACGCACAAGCCAUGCUCAAGAUCAUCAACUACAAAGAUGACGAGAAGUCCUUCAGCCGCAGGAUCAGUCACCUGUUCUUCCACAAAGAGAACGACUGGGGCUUCUCAAACUUCAUGUCCUGGAGUGAUGUGACUGAUCCAGAGAGAGGCUUCGUUGAUGAUGACAAAGUCACCUUUGAAGUCUACGUUCAGGCAGAUGCUCCACACGGAGUGGCCUGGGACUCUAAGAAACACACCGGCUACGUUGGUCUCAAGAACCAGGGAGCUACAUGCUACAUGAACAGUCUGCUACAGACGCUCUUCUUCACCAACCAGCUGCGGCGGGCGGUGUACAUGAUGCCCACAGAGGGAGACGACUCGUCCAAGAGCGUUCCUCUUGCACUGCAGAGGGUUUUCUACGAGCUGCAACACAGCGACAAACCCGUCGGCACAAAGAAACUCACCAAGUCCUUUGGGUGGGAAACACUUGAUAGCUUCAUGCAACAUGACGUACAGGAGCUGUGCAGAGUGCUCCUGGACAAUGUGGAGAACAAAAUGAAAGGCACUUGUGUUGAGGGAACAAUCCCUAAGCUCUUCAGAGGAAAGAUGGUGUCAUACAUUCAGUGUAAGCAUGUGGACUACCGGUCAGAGCGGAUAGAGGACUACUAUGACAUCCAGCUCAGCAUAAAAGGAAAGAAGAACAUCUUCGAGUCAUUCAAAGACUACGUUGCAACUGAGCAGUUAGAUGGAGACAAUAAAUACGACGCAGGAGAGCAUGGCCUGCAGGAGGCAGAAAAGGGAGUGAAGUUCCUCACCUUCCCUCCGAUCCUUCACCUGCAGCUGAUGAGGUUCAUGUAUGACCCACAGACUGACCAAAACAUCAAGAUCAACGACAGAUUUGAGUUUCCAGAUCAGUUACCCCUGGAUGAGUUCCUCCAGAAGCCAGACUCCAAGGAUCCAGCCAACUACAUCCUGCAUGCAGUUCUAGUGCACAGCGGGGACAACCAUGGCGGUCACUACGUCGUCUAUCUUAACCCAAAAGGAGACGGCAAAGUGAGUGUCAAGGAACCAAUAUGGUGCAAGUUUGAUGAUGAUGUGGUCUCAAGGUGCACCAAGGAGGAAGCCAUAGAGCACAACUAUGGUGGACAUGAUGAUGACCUGUCAGUGCGCCACUGCACCAACGCAUACAUGUUGGUCUACAUCCGAGAGUCCAAGCUCAGUGAAGUUCUCCAGCCAAUGACUGAUGUAGACAUCCCGCAGCAGCUGGUGGAGCGUCUGCAGGAGGAGAAACGGGUGGAGGCACAGAAGAGGAAGGAGCGCCAAGAGGCUCACCUCUACAUGCAGGUCCAGAUGGUGACAGAGGACCAGUUCUGUGGUCAUCAGGGCAACGACAUGUAUGACGAGGAGAAGGUGAAGUACACGGUCUUCAAGGUCUUGAAGAGCUCAACGCUGCAGGAGUUCGUCCAGAACCUCUCUCAGACCAUGGGUUUCCCACAGGACCAGAUGAGGCUGUGGCCCAUGCAGGCCCGGAGCAAUGGGACCAAGCGACCCGCCAUGCUCGACUACGAGGCCGACUGCAACAAGUCGAUGAUUGACUUGAGUGACAGCGAGAACCCCUGGACAAUAUUUCUAGAGACUGUCGAUCCAGAGAUGGCAGCCAGCGGGGCCACGUUACCCAAGUUUGACAAAGACCAUGAUGUCAUGUUGUUCUUGAAGAUGUAUGACCCCAAAACCAGAAGCUUAAAUUAUUGUGGACAUAUCUACACACCUAUAUCCUGCAAAAUAAGAGACCUGCUGCCAGUCAUGUGUGAGCGAGCAGGGUUUCAGCAGGAAACUAGCCUUAUCCUCUAUGAGGAAGUAAAGCCCAACUUAACAGAGCGGAUACAGGACUAUGAUGUCUCUCUGGACAAGGCCCUGGAUGAGCUCAUGGACGGGGAUAUCAUUGUCUUCCAGAAGGACGACCCAGAGAACGACAGCAGUGAGCUGCCGACGGCCAAGGACUACUUCCGGGACCUCUACCACCGCGUGGACGUCAUUUUCUGUGACAAGACCAUCCACAAUGACCCCGGUUUCGUGGUCACGCUCUCUAACCGCAUGAACUAUUUUCAGGUGGCAAAGACAGUAGCGCAGAGGUUGAACACAGACCCCAUGCUGCUGCAGUUCUUCAAGUCACAGGGGUACAGGGACGGUCCAGGGAAUCCUCUCAGACACAACUAUGAGGGAACGCUGCGGGACCUGCUGCAAUUCUUCAAACCUCGGCAGCCCAAGAAACUGUACUACCAGCAGUUAAAGAUGAAAAUUACAGACUUUGAAAACAGGAGGAGUUUUAAAUCCAUUUGGCUCAACAGCCAGUUCAGAGAGGAGGAGAUCACCCUCUACCCUGACAAGCACGGCUGUGUUCGCGACCUUUUGGAAGAAUGUAAAAAGGCAGUGGAGCUCUCUGAAAAAGGCUCGGAGAAGCUCAGGCUGUUAGAGAUAGUAAGCUAUAAAAUCAUCGGAGUUCACCAGGAGGACGAGCUGCUAGAAUGUUUAUCUCCGGCUGCCAGCCGCACCUUCAGAAUAGAGGAGAUUCCUCUGGACCAGGUGGACUUGGAUAAAGACAGUGAAAUGCUAAUUCCUGUCGCCCACUUCCACAAGGAAGUCUUCGGCACCUUCGGGAUCCCCUUCCUGCUCAAGAUCAGACAGGGCGAGUCAUUUCGGGAGGUGAUGAGGAGGAUCCAGACCAUGUUGGAGAUUCAGGAGAAAGAAUUUGAGAAGUUCAAGUUUGCGAUUGUGAUGAUGGGACGGCAUCAGUACAUAACUGAAGACGAGUACGAGGUCAACCUGAAGGACUUUGAACCACAGCCAGGUAACAUGUCCCACCCGCGCCCCUGGCUGGGCUUGGAUCAUUUCAACAAAGCUCCAAAGAGAGGACGCUACACCUACCUGGAGAAAGCAAUCAAGAUCCACAACUAAAAAAAGCUGCCCGCCCUUCCUCUUUGUCCUCCUCAUCCUCCUCCUGCCUCCUGCUCCAGCUCCGCCUUCCUCCCUUCCUACUUUAACACCAUAACCACAGACUGUAACCAACCGUGUGAGUUUGUGUGUGAGAGACUGCGUGUGUGCGUGCUUGUGUGUGUGUGUGUUCAUCACUUUUAACACCCGCCUGGACACCUCUACAGCUCUACACCGGCACUAUGUCUUCGGAAAAAUAGAUUUUGCUGCAGCUGAUGGAUUUCCCCUCAACCACAAAAUAAACUGCACCAACCACCUCCUGACUGUUGAUUUUUUUUUUUUUUUUUUUUUUUUUUUUUUUUUUUUUAUCGUCUCCCUCUUAGUUUGAGGCUUCUUUUCCUUUUCUUUUUUUUGUUGCCGAUCUGGAAGUGGGAGACAAGAAAUUGGAUUUUAACACAAAAAUAAGCAUAGGGGGAAGAUGAAGCGGGACACCGUAUAAAUAUAAGUGUAUAUAUAUAUAUACAUAAAUAUAUAUAUAUAUAUAUGAACUUCUAGACUUAGUUUUUUCCUUCUCCUGUACCCACUCACUAGCUUUUUCCCUUCAGGUUUUUUGGGGGAAUGUUUUUAAUUAAUGAUUUUUUGCAGAGGCACCAUGCUGCUGAGUGGAGAAUGAGAAGGAAGGAUGUUUAUGAGGACUGACAGAAAAGAGAGGGAGGGCUGAUGGUCAUUCAUUUUUUGCAAAAACACGGCUGCAAACUGGGUGACCAUCUUUGAGUUGGCCUGAUGUGGUUCUUAAAAAUAUUUUCUGCCAUCCUUUUUAGUGCAACAAGAAAAGUUUUUCCAAGUUUACACACAAUUCUUUCUUAGUUUGGUUGGAGGAAUAUGUUUGUUUUUUUUUCUCUUUCUGCAGAUCUUGUAUAAUAAAAUAAAAUCCACUGCAUCUGUUUAAAAAUAAAUGGGGGGGAAAAAAAGGAGGAAAUUUGUCUGUAUUUCAUCUUGCACGUAGGCACUUAAUGUCAGAGGUUUCUCAGGACUGGCAAAUGUACAGUUUGGUUGUGUUUUUGAGUUGCUCUGUAACUUCGAAGGAACACACAUGCAUGGACAUGACCCCCCCCUUGACUUACUCUUCCAUCUUUCUUUAUUUGCUUCUCUUUUUUUUUCAGGGGGUUUAAUGUCUUUCUCAGUCAUUCCUCCUCUGACCACAAUCAUUAAUGAGCUUUGACAUCUCCUCUCUUGAUUGAAACUGUCGCCUCCGGGUGAUUUUGGGGCAGUAACUGUGCUGUGCUUGGUAGGGAGCUGCUGUCACUUCGAGCCUGCAGGUUUGAGGAUCGUUUAGAGACAAAAACCAGCAUUGUAAUGAAACACUUAAAGCCCUAUGAAUUUAUUAUUUUUGUUUAUUUUUUUAAAAGCACAGAUGGAAUGCUCCCCCCAAUAGCGCAUAGCUGGCUCUGUAAAAACAACACUUACGAAUUGUAUAUUUAAAAAUAUGAACGUGUAAAAUUUAAGAGAAACACACGCCUUUGUUGUUGGGUACAGAAGGAGCCAGGUGUUCAUAUUUCUUGUGUGUAGGGUUUUCUCUUUUUCUUUGCGUUCCUGAUGUACCAUUGACGAUUUUUUUCUGUUACAUUUGGAAUUUCUUUUUUUUUUUUCUUUAAAAACUAACUGCAUUGGUUUUGUCUUGUUAAAAAGUGCAGUACAAAGAUGACCUGCAGAAUCACACCUAAUUUGAUCUUUUCCAGUUUAAAAUCCUCAGUGUAGCAGCAGUGUACGACAACUAUUCCUGUAUAUUGCCUUUUGCUGGAAAAUGUAUGUUGAAUAAAAUUUUCUAUAAAACCUAAA